UGACGUUCCUUGUGAUUUCGACUGGUUGUGACUUGAUUUCUUGUGAGGCGAUGAGUGGUUGUGUGUGACGUUCCUUGUGAUUUCGACUGGUUGUGACUUGAUUUCUUGUGAGGCGAUGAGUGGUUGUGUGUGACGUUCCUUGUGAUUUCGACUGGUUGUGACUGGAUUUCAUGUGAGGCACUGUGUGAGUGUGUGUGACGUUCUGUGUGAUUUCGACUGGUUGUGACUGGAUUUCCUGUGAGGCGCUGUGUGAGUGUGUGUGACGUUCUGUGUGAUUUGGACUGGUUGUGAUUGGAUAUUUUGUGAGACGCUGUGCAAGUGUGACAUUCUGUGCUGUAAACAUGUUGUAAACUGCUUAAUUCGCUUGUUAUUUCAUAGAGUAAAGUUUAAGAUAUUGUAAAUCAUAGAGAUAAUUCAUUGAGAUUUGUAAAAUUGUGUCAUUUUAUUCUACGAAUACCGUAAUGUUGAUAUAUUCACUGACCAUGGAGCAUGUGCAACUUUUUCACUCUUAUACAAAAUGAGCCGUUGUACAAUUUCCAAUGACUUGAUUAUUGAGGUAUAAAAACCUCAAUUUUUGCAGAUGGUCCUUUUGAGAAUAUUUAUUAUUUACACAAUUUUAGUUUUUGCAUUUCCACGAGAAAGGUGCGCUGUACUACACAGUCUCGACGCGAGAGAGCGGAUCUAUUGAUGGCAUAUUUGGACUGUCGUAGUAUUGUUAGGAUUGUCGAGUAAUGUAUAAAAGUGUGUAUUAUUUGAUUAAAGCACAGAUGGUGUGAAUUUAUAAACAAAUGUUCUGUACUGCUUCACAUAUAAAAGAUUGUCGUAAUCUGUGACUUCCAUGGCCAAUUUUAAAAAGAUUAAACGUUUCCUGUAUCUUUUAUGUUUCUGCGUCGUAGCGUCGUGGUAUAUAGUGAUGAAAUAUUAUUAUGACAAUGUGGAAAUUACGUAUCACAAUAUGAAAUCUCAUUUGGCUUGUGUUUUACCCGAGAACUUAAAUCCCUUUGAUCCUGGGGUUAUGAAGUUCAUAUGGGAUGUGCCGUCUAUAAAAUGUGCCGAUUGGCCUUCCCUUGUUUAUGUGGAUUCCAAAGGCCAAUUACAGAAAAACAAAACAGUCAUGCUCAGUUUUGCUAGCUAUAGUGAUUUGUCGUGUACAUAUCAAAUUGUGACACGUGGAAAGGGAGAUAUGGAAAUAAGUAUGGAACCGGAAGUGACGUUUACUUCAGGUGAUUUUGUACCAGCUGAUUUUUUUUACGUUGUUUGUAAAACUCCAGAAGGAAAAGUCAUAUACAGCAACAUGCAUCAUAACAUCAAUAACAGACAUAUAUUAAAAGAGGAGAAACUUAAGAAAACAUCAGAUGAGCAGAUGAACGUCUUUAUCUAUGGAAUUGACGCAGUUUCCCGUCUACACGCGGAAAGAAAACUACAAAAGACAAUGAAAUACCUUAAAAAUGAUAUUAGUGCAUACAUAUUCGAGGGGUAUACCAAGAUUGGGGGAAAUACGUUUCCCAAUAUAGCCCCACUUCUAACAGGAAAAGCGGUGGGUGAACUACCAAACACGACGGGUUUUCUCGAUGAAUUUCCUUUCAUGUGGAAAAAAUUCUCAAAAAAGGGUUAUGCUACAUUCCAUGCAGAGGACUGGCCGGAAAUUUCAACAUUCAAUUCUAACUUAAAAGGGUUCAAUGAGCAGCCUGUUCACCACUACAUUCGACCGAUGUUCCUUGCAUUCGACAGUGUGUCUUUUUACAAAAAUAAAUUAGAUCAGGCACAUAUGUACCUGGCCGAUAAAGGGAUCCGACUAGGGAGUCAAGGGGGUCUUUGCUUUGGGAAUAAGCCCAAGUUCAAAAUUAUCAUUGACUAUUACAAACAGUUUAUUGAGCGAUAUGGUGAUAACCUUCAGUUUGCUCUCAGUUGGAAUAACGAACUCUGCCAUGAUUACCUUAAUAAUCUGCAACUUGGAGAUAAUGAUAUUUUUCAAUUUGUUCGCUGGCUUCACACAACAGGUAGAUUAAAUAACUCGGUUUUUAUAUUCCUUAGCGACCAUGGUUACUUAAUGAACGAGAUUCAAAAUACUUUCGUGGGCAGAUUCGAGGCGCGGAUGCCUCUUUUGGCUGUGUCCAUACCGCCGAUACUGAAAACUAAAUACCCUCACAUACACUCAAACUUAUUAAAAAACACAAAGCGAUUAAUCACCGUGUAUGAUAUUCAUGAAACACUGAAAAAUAUUUUGCAAGCUGAUUUUACAAUUAAAAACGUGAGCUACACGAAACUUUUACCUCGCGGAAUCAGUCUAUUUCACGAAAUUCCCAAAUCUAGAUCUUGUAAAGACGCGCAUAUUCCGGAACAUUUUUGUCCUUGUUAUUCGUCUCAAAAAGUAUCAGUCAGGGAUCCAACAGUUCAAGAAAUUGCCAUCUUCAUUACUUCUAGAAUCAAUGACAAAUUUCAGCACCACCACAAGUGCCAAGAGUUGAAAUUGAAAGAAGUCAAUGGCGCAUCAGUGGUAGACUCAAAUCUCGUUAAAUCUCGUUCAAGAUUUACAAUACGCAAUCUUAUAUACGGAUCAGACAUUGAUGACAGACUUCGGAAGCGGUAUAUCAUAACUUUAACAACAAUCCCAGGGAACGCAAAAUUCGAGUCGACGGUGGAAAUGGCAAAGAAUGGUCACAUGACGAUUCUAGAUGACGUCAUAACAAGAACAAACAUGUAUAAGAACCAAUCAGCAUGCAUAAAGGAGAGGUUACUAAAGCCAUUCUGUUUUUGUUCUAAUAAAAAAAAAUAGAGAGAGAGAGAAAGAGAGACUCGGUCUAGAACGUCGCUUUGUCACUGGAUAAGUACUCUGUGAUGACCGCGGGCAUACUUCUAUAAACGGUCAGUAAGAAGUCCCUUUACGACAAUAUUGCGGAUUUCAUGAAAAGAAUGCCGCCAUGAAGCAUUGCAGUUCAUAACCUCAUGCAUUUUCAAAAAUAUAAUAUUUUUUUAUAUAUAUUUACAUUCUACUUUUAUUUCUAUAUAGUAAUUUCCAGCUGCUAAGAUAGACGUAUUAUAUUUAUCAAGAUUCAUACGCGCAUUGUUUACAACUGCAGCGCAUUCAUGAAGAAAAUAGCUAUGAUUUAAAUUCGUAAAGAUAUUAAAAGCAAAAACAUUUCAAAUGUGAAUGAUACGAAACAUGAAUGCUUUCAAUAUUGAUAGAAAAUAAUGUAUCCCCACAAAAGUGUUGUAGUUUGACUUUUACCGCAUGAUUAAACAAGUCUGUGUAGUGUUUCAUAAGCCAUUAAGUAACAGCUGGGCAGUAUUAUAUAUAUUUAUAGCAAUAUAAUGGCUAUUUAUUUUUGUGCAAACUUUUCUCCAUAAUGGUUUUUUUUCUCUCUCUCUAAAUGACACAAUCUAAAGCUUUUUUGUGACACUUCCAAAGAGAUAUUUUUGUUCUUUACCUAUAAAAUACAAUGUGCUGCAUGUGAAUAUCUUUUGAAAUCGUGAUUUCGCGCAAUGUGUGUUGCAUGUGUGUCGUUUAUUGCACGCGUGAUUUAUUUUAGCGGAAUGUGAAGCUUCGUCCUGAACUGUGUGCUUGUUUGCAAAUGUGUGCAUUUCCCCCCAAUAUUACCAGCAUGUAUAUUUUUCUAUGCCUUUAUAUUUUAUUAGAAAAUGCAACAAGUCUAGAAUACUCUUUGACAAUACAUGAUUCCAAUAUGUCAACACAGGGACUUAGUUUUUACAUGUGUAUUGUGCUUUCAUUGAAAUUUUUCAGCACUGUUGUUUUUAUUUGAUUUUGACUGAACCUAAAUGUUUUGCUCAAUGGUGCAUGUUUGAAUAAACAUGUGCAGUGUU